GAAAGGCGGCGUUUUCUUCUGCAGUCCACGGUGUCGACUCACAAUGGAGAGGAUCUUGCUAGUCUUGUUUCUUUCAGCCUGCCUCGUCCUCUCUGGCAGCCUUCCCCGUCAGUACCACUUUGUUGAUAAAUCUCUGACAUGGACUGAAGCUCAGGCCUACUGCAGACAGACGUAUACAGACAUCGCCACAAUCCAGGACUCUGAAGAACUGACCCGGCUCAUGGACACGCUUUCAUCUGCUUGGCACAGAUCUGACACCUGGAUUGGUCUCUACAGUGUAAUCCACUGGAUGUGGUCUGAUGGCUUCGAAGGGGCUGGUGCUAAUUACAGCAAUUGGGAAAUCAUUUUUAAUGAGCCAAAUUUUGAUGGAGCCAGUCAGUUCUGUGUGACUAUUGAUGGCGCUGGGUUGUGGUCGGAUGAUUACUGUGCGAUGAAUUACUCAGUUCUCUGUUACAAUGGCACACAGCUGGAUCCUGCAUAUGUUUAUGUGAAGAAAGAAAUGAAUUGGACCGAUGCCCAGAUGUACUGCAGGGAGAACUUCAUAGAUCUGGCUACAGUAAGCAGUGAUCUACAGAACAGGAUGGUCGAGGAAUUGGUGCCGACUGGAGUCUACUCGUGGAUUGGCCUCUUUCGAUCUCCAAACCUAUUCUGGUCUGAUGGCAUCAACAACUGGGAUAAUGGCUACAAUCCAAUUGACUCAAUGACUAUUAUCUGUGGCAUAACAUCUGCAAGGAAUAAGGGAAAAUGGGGCUUUUUGUCCUGUGAAACAAAAUUACCUGUUGUCUGCUACCAUAUCCCCAACCGAACAAAGCAGAGCAUGAAGCUGAGACUGACGACUGAGGACUCUGUGAAUCUCAAUGAGGCUGUUGUGAAAGAGAGCAUCCUUAAAAAGCUCCAGGACAGGCUGAAGGAGAACGGAGUGAAUAACAUAAACCUAAAGUGGAGAGAGCAGCCUGAUGGUGAAGUCUUCAAGAAGGAAGUGAAGCCUUUUCCUUAAGAUAUAAACCCGAGAUUCAUUGUUUGUUGCCAGAUUUUAAUACAGGAAAAUGUUCAUUAACGUAGUCUUUUUUUCUUUAAAAUGCCAAUUUGUCUACAGCAUCCAUUUGAUGUGAGUCAUAUAAAAAAAAACACACAUUGGAAAAUAUAUAUUUUGUACAGAUAGAGUUUCAAAUAAAGCAACAGCAUGAAAACUAAAACAAAUUAAAGAUAGAAGUAUAUAUUUACAGAUGCAUUUAAGAGUCUAAAAAGGUUGCACAUUUCUGUUAUCCAGUAAAUAUGUGUUUUAUGGCUUGAACGUUUUAGGAGUUAAUCAUCUCCAUUCUUUUAUAAGCUUCAAAAGCUGUGAUUACGAAUUAUGAGGCUGACAGUUUAUCAUCCAUGAUACGGAAGCCAUUAAAGAGACUAUUUUUCAGAACCACAGAUAAAUUGACAUGUACUGCUUAGACUGUGGAAGGCAAGCAAAUAAACUGAAGAUGUGAAUGUUAAGUGUGACAAAUUAAUUCUGCUUUAUUUGAAAAAAGCAUUAGUCCUGUGGGUGAAACGCAAAAGAGUGAUGGAGCAAAAUUUGUAAUAAAUUAUGUUUGACCUUCAUGAAUAGAUGUUGACAUAUUUUUUCUCUGCAGGUGUUCUGUAUCAGUUUGUGUAAAACAAAACCUUGUUUUCCCCUUGUAUUCCUAUGUUUAG